CCCCACUUGCUCUCUAAUUGGCAGGAAUGCGAGCUGCCCCCAGCUCUUCCUCCCCUGCAUUCCUCAGCAGUGACUCCCACCUGGCAGGGCAAAUUAUACCCUGGCCCGGCAAUAAAAGCCACUUUCCAAAAAAAGAAGCUUUGGGGCCCCGAGAGAGACGCAGCUAACUCUCUCGCCCAGCCUGUGCCUGGCUCGGGAGGUGGUGUCUGCGCCCUGUGUGCCUUUAAGCGGGGAGUACAAAUUCCCACCCCGGCCCCUCCCUCCUGCUCUUUCUGACGUCAGGAGGGAGGCGUGUGUGAGUGAGUGAGUGAGGGGCUGAGGUGCCGCAUGCUCUCUCUCACACACACACACACACACACACACACACACACACACAGGCACACACUCAUACACACAACACAUCUUUCAGACCCGUCCGCUGAGCCCAGCUCCGGGCACCCGGGAGCGGCAGAGUGCUGAAGCCGGGCCCCCGACCUCGGCCGCCAGGGAGAGACGGAGCCUGCGGCUGCAGAGGCCUCCGAGCAGGGCCGGGCCGGGCCCUGCCCGCAAGGACGCCCAAGCCCCUCACCGGCCCCUGGGCCUGGGAGCCCCCCUGGCUCUCCCGCCAGCCCCGCCAUGACUUCGGAGCCCACCUCGUCCCCGGUCGUGCCCCCGCUCCACUCCCCAAAGUCCCCGGUCUGGCCCACCUUCCCCUUCCACCGGGAGGGCAGCAGGGUCUGGGAGAGGGGCGGCGUCUCGUCUCGGGACCUGCCCAGCCCCCUGCCCACCAAACGGACCAGGACGUAUUCAGCGACAGCCCGCGCCUCUGCUGGCCCCGUGUUCAAGGGCGUCUGCAAGCAGUUCUCCCGCUCCCAAGGCCACGGCUUCAUCACCCCUGAGAACGGAUCCGAGGACAUCUUUGUGCACGUGUCAGACAUCGAGGGGGAGUACGUCCCGGUGGAGGGCGACGAGGUGACCUUCAAGAUGUGCCCCAUCCCACCCAAGAACCAGAAGUUCCAGGCUGUGGAGGUGGUGCUCACCCAGCUGGCCCCCCACACUCCCCACGAGACGUGGUCCGGCCAGGUCGUGGGCUCCUAGGCUGGGCGGGGAGGCCCCCAGGGUGCACAGGUGGCAGCUGGCUCCCUGCCCCGCGGCACUGGCUGUGGUCUGUCCCCCGGGCGGCCUCAGUGUGCGCGUCUGCCUGGCUGUCUGUCUGUGUUUACGGCCGUGAGCGUGUGCCUCCAUCCAGCCCUGUGACCCGUGACUGUUCUGUGAGCUGGACCGAGGGGGCAGCCCCCGGCCCGCCUUCUCUUCUCGUCCACUCUCCCUCCUCCCUCCCCUCCCUGUCGAACUGGCACAGCACCUCUCGCCCCCCACGUGCCUGCAGGGGGCACCCCUGGGCCCUGCCUCUGCCUGUGGCCCCAGCCCGGGGGCCAGGGCUACCUGUGCUACCUGCACUCCACCCCCCAGGCCGGGGCCUCCCACAGUGGCCUGGACCCCACCCUCAGAAGCCAGGCCAGCGAGCACUUGGGGGGCCUCCCAGCCUGCGGCGAGGAAAGAGGGCGGAAGGCGGAGGCACGCAGGCCCUCGCUGGUGCCCCGGCCUGGCCUUCCUCCCGCUCUCCCAGCACACCCUGGAGGCAGGAGAGGGGCUGAGGGCCAAGGCGUUUGGGGCCUGUCCUUUUCUCCUCAGCCUGGCAGUGGCUCCGUGAGCCCCAAACUGAGGCUGCAUCUUCUCCCCUGGGCCACGCUCAGUCGGCUGCCUCAACUUCCCCAGGAGGCAUGGGUCUGUGGGGGGAGGGGACGUGUCUCCCCGAGCCUGGAUGGAGGCCUCCCCUUGGUCCUGACUCACAAGCCUCACGGACGCUCUGCCUGUGCGCCACACGACGGCGACACGUCUGUCCCCUCGGGCAGGGCCCGGCGGGGCACCCACAGAGACGGCCCUCAGCCUGGAGGCUGCUAACCCUGCAAACCCCUUGCUGGUCCCUCUUCUCAAAGUGGUGGGACGGCAGUUCCCGCCGGCCCCCAAGCCAGUGGCCAAGCCGUGGUCCCUACGUUGUCAAGCCCUUCAGGGGUGCGUGCGUGCAUGCGUGUGUGCUCACUCUGGGGUGGGGUGGGCCUGGGAAGGAGGGCCCCACCCCCCGCCGCCACCCCAGUCCAGAGCACAUGACCUGAUGCAGAUUGAAACGGGGCUUAAGGGGCGGGGCCUGCAGGACAGUGACCCUGAGGACAUGCAGUCUGUGUGUAAGUGGGGGCUCGUGUGCCCAAGAUGCAAGGGUGACAACUGCCCAGGACCCCCAGUUCUGAAGACGUCCAGGCCUCGGGGUAGAGAUCAGCCGGGACGUGCGCCCCAUCCUCAGCCCCCACCAGGGCCUGGGAGUCCCGCGCUGCUGGGACGUGCUGGCCAGCUGCCCGACCCUGAGAGUGGCCCUGCCUGACACCCGGCUCCAAGCUGGGGCUGCGCUGGCGAGGCCCGAGGCCUCUCCCAUGAGAAUGAGGACUCCCCGGCCUCCUUGGUAGGUUUGCUGGUGCAGACUAACCCCUGGGAGCCCCCCCAAACCCCCCUCCUGUGAGUAGACCCCCUUUUUGAGGCACCGGCAUGGAGGCAGGAUGUGGGGACACCAGCCCUGGGGCCACCGGGGGUGACGGGAGCAGCAGCACUCUUGUCACCUCACCCCACAGUGUCCAGUCACAAACCCUCCCAGCCCCCAGCCACCCGGACCCCCCUCCCACCCCAACACUGGCAAUAAACCCUCAAUUGCGACUCA